AUGAUGUACCUCCACCACUCGCCGCCUGACACAACUAUAUUGAGUGACAUACUUGUACGAAGCUUCCCGGAGGUCGCUCCGUCUUUUGCAAUCCAUCUCCGCCACUUCGUCACUUCGCCUCUUUCAAUAUUCGAGUUUGCAUUCAAUACCGAGAAGCGCGCACCCCCACCUCUGACAGCGGCUGCAAAAUGCCUUGCGCUUUGUAUUAAGCUGAUGACUCCAUCAUGUCCAACAUGUACUCUCUGCUCAAUUACAUCGCUGCGACCUCCAAAGAUCUACACCUCCUCGAUCACCUUUCCCAACGAUAACAUCACUUUCCAGAGCGACAAAACAGGGCUGCACGGCCGCUCAGACGAAGAGAAGCGGCUCAUCAGCAUCACGAUGAUCUCCGUUGUCACCCGCCUUGCGCUCGAGUUCCACGGAGGAGGUUACUAA